AUGGGCUGUGCCGAAAUAGCCAGAAAAAUGGCUCGAGCCAUAAACAUGUCCCCCAACGCCGACCUCGCCGCCUUCGCCAGCUGCACGACCCAAAAGGCCGAGCAAUUCGCUGCUCAAAACGGGUUGUCGGAAAACGUGAAGCUUUACGGUAGCUACGAGGAAUUGCUGGACGACCCUUGCGUGGACGCUGUGUACAUGCCGCUGCCGACCAGCCUGCACGCGAGAUGGACGGCGACGGCGGCUCGGAAGGGCAAGCACGUGCUGCUGGAGAAGCCGACGGCCCUCGACGUCAAGGUGCUCGAUGAAAUGCUCGAGGCCUGCAAGUCGAAUGGGGUGCAGUUUAUGGAUGCCAGCAUGUGGUAUCAUCAUCCGAGGACCGCGAAAAUGAAGGAGCUUUUGUCGGAUUCUGAUCUUUUCGGGCGUGUUAGAGCUAUCCACAGUUCCUCAUCGUACCAUGGAACCCCUGAAUUCCACGCAAACAACAUCCGAGUAAAACCGGACUUAGACAGCCUAGGUGCCCUUGGGGAUGCUGGAUGGUACUGCAUCGGGUCCAUCCUGUGGGCCAUGGACCAGAAACACCCAACCACUGUCACUGCCUUGCCGACCACCAUGUGGAACUCAGCCGGGGUAAUCCUCUCGUGCAGCGCAGCCCUACACUGGGAAGAAGAUGAAACAGUGGCCACGUUCUUCUGCUCCUUCAUCGCGCACGAGACCAUGGGCAUCACCAUUUGUGGGUCCAAUGGGACAUUAUUUGUGGAGGACUUGAUAAUACCGUACGAAGAGGAUUGCGCGGCAUUCAGCUUCACAUCCGGGGCGGAGUUUGUUGAAAUGCACGUCGGGUGGAAUGUGAAGAAGCCUCGUGAGGUCCGGGUGGAUUCUCUGCUGCCACAGGAGGCCGAGAUGGUUCGGGAGUUUUCGAGCCUGGUGAUGGGGGUUCGGGAUCUUGGGCGCCGGCCGGUGGAUAAGUGGGCUCGGACGAGCAGAGUCACUCAGCUCGUGCUGGAUGCAGUUAGGAGGUCGAUAGAUGAUGGGCAUAAGGUUGUUCGGAUGUGA